GAGGCGUUAAAGGCGCCCCAAAGCGCCAGCACCAGCGCGAGCAGGAUGACGAACAUGCUGGCGGCGCUGAGGCCCCGGCUGCGAGGCUUCCUAUGGCUGCUGGGCCUGGGCCUCGCGGGGGCGGCGCUGGUCUUGGUCGGAGUGGUCCUCGGCCGGACCUACGGCGCCUCCUGGCCCCCGACGCUGGGCCUGCCGCUGCGGGACAGAGGGUCCCUCGGCCGGCGCCUGGAGCCGGUCUUCACGAGCGAAGAAAAGCAGGCGCUGAAGGAGAACCUCCGCGGUUCUAUCAGAUUAAAAACCGUUUCCUUCUCAGAAGACGAACAGAAUAUAACAGCUCUGGCAGAAUUUGAGCCGUAUAUUCGUAAAGGUAUUUAUUUUUCUGAUCUUGACAGAAGAAAUGGCAUUAGUUCAAUAGAAGAUCUGAUUUUGCUGUAUGAAUAAAUAAUGCUUAUUAUUGCUGUUGUUGUUAUUGCUCCUAUUUGA